AUGAUCUCAAUGCAUCGCGGUGUGAAGAGAUCUGCGGUCUCAUCUGUGCCAUGUGGGGCUGCUGAAGCCGUGCCCAACAUGCUAGCAGGCCGUUGUGGUCAUGGCACUCAAGGAGCUCUCGGCAUCCUUGCGGUCAUUACGCGAGAGGAAGGCCCACGCUCAGUCGGUGCCGAGGGCCGGGAGGAGACACGAUCCCUGGAAGCCAGCCUAUUCCGCUUCGAGGAGCGCUUCCUUCGCAUGGACGGAGAGAUGGCAGCGCUGCGGCAAGCCUUGGACACGGAGGUGGCUGCUCUCCGCCGCGGUUUGGCGACUGUGGCGGAGGCUGUGCAUGCCGCCAGCUUGCAAACUCAGAUUCAUUGGUUGCGUGUCAGCUCGAUUUUGGUUCAAAAGAGAACAGUGGGACUUGCCUCUCCUGCAACCGGGACAAUGGCUUCUUCGGCCUUGCGAAGCCUUCGCAAGCAGGCAGCGGAUCUGAAGCAGGUGCGGACCAUGUUCACCGGUGGCAUGCCUCCUGGUGGGCGCAUGCCUGGUUUCUGGGUCAGCGCUCCGAGCAUCAUCCCCGCCUUCAGAAAGGGCGAAGACAAAGUGCCCGUGGAGAUGUUCUCGAUCGAUUGCCGACCCUACAAGCCUGGGACAUGGGGUGAGAUGGAGCUUUUCGACCGCAUGCAGACGACCUACGACCAAUACGGCGUCGUUCGGCUCACCAACACAGGUCUCAAAGACCCGGGGGCAAUGCGCAGAUAUGCACGUGCUGUGGUGAACAAGCAAAUGGCUUAUGAAGGUGGCGCCAACCCACGUGAGGGCAUCAUCCAAAACGUUUUUGAGGUAGGCGCACCCAACGAUGCAUGGCUUCAUUACCACCAUGAGAUGGCCUACAACCAGCACAGCAUGAAAAACCUGGCCUUCUGCAGCAUAAAGGCUACACAGGGCAAGGGUGACACGUACCUCUCUGAGAACCUUAGCGUGACUGAUUCGCUUCUGCAGACGGACUUGGGACGAAAGCUGCGAGACAAAGGAGUCUGCUACAUCCGCUGCCUCACUGACCGUGAUGCCUAUGAGGGCCAGGGCUGGAUGGAGGGUGCAGCUGUGUACAACCACUGGCAGCUGUCCUUCGGGGCGAAGACACCCGAAGAAGCAGAGAAGAAAGCCCGGGAAUGUGGUCUCGAUGUGGAAUGGUGCGAGGAUCCCCUGAAGCCGGAGUCCAAGCGGUACAUGAAGACGAAGCUCGUGAUUUCCGCUUUCGAGUACUGCCCAUCAGUUGACCGUAAUGUCCUAUACAGCAGUAUCGCAGAUCACAGCGCUUGGUUCGACACGUGGAAAGGUGUUCACGACGUUCACCCUGACAAGCGCCCACUGCAGAUGACGUUCGGUGAUGGAACCCCCUUCACUCAGGAGGAGUUGAGGCAGUGGGUGGGCUUGUAUGAUGAUGGUGGAAUUCGUGUGCAAUGGCAACCUGGCGACAUCGUGGCCUUCUGCAACUACCGAUACGCUCACGGCAGGCCGGCUUUCCACCUGCACCGAUGGGAGGAGAGGCAGAUUGGAGUUGUCCUCGGGGAGAAGUUCGAGCGCGUAGGCUUCCUGCCAUCUGCGAAGUUGGAGAAGCCAUGCUUCUCCUAUGCUGCAUGCUCGCCAUGGUCUAACAUAGAUCCGGAUCAUGCGACGGUGCCCGAUCGGAUCGUCGUCAUCAGUGAUCAGAUCCUCUUGCCCACGUGGAUUGUGAACAAAAUGGUGGUGACAUGUGCUCGCCUAGCAUUGGCCGUCCUGCAUCAGAAGCUGAUCGCUGCAAAGGAACCAUCUGCAGUAUUCCGUGCAUUGAAGUUGAAGCUGCACUUCAAGCGGAG